AUGUUGGCAAAUAUUUCCACCACAUGGAAUCUGCUGCUGAAUCACAUGGAAUUCAUGCUGUUAGGCCCUGAAAUUUUAUUCAGCAGUUUGAAACAAUUCCACAGCUUUGCUCAGUCACCCUCCCACUUGGGACUAAUGCACAAGCAUGAACACCUAUUGAGAAAAACCACACGGGCUCCAACCAGAUACUACGAGGAAAAAGUUUUGUUCCACAGACAUCAGGUCACUAGUUUACUAACUUCCAGUCACCUUGAGUUUGCUGAAAUGAAGACUGUGCAUUUUCUACUUCUCCUGCUACUGUUCGUGCCUCUGACACAGCCAGCACCACAAACUCAGCUGGACUCACACAUUAACUAUGAGUAUGGAACAGAUAAUUCUGAAGAAACUAAAUUUAGCCAGGACUAUGAAGAUAAAUACCAGGAUGGAAAAAAUAUUAAGGAAAAAGAAACUAUGAUAAUUCCUGAUGAUAAAAGUCUUCAGCUACAGAAAGAUGAGGUUUUACCAUCACUACCCACCAAGAUAGAAAAUGAUGAAAUGCCCACAUGCCUGUUGUGUGUCUGUUUAAGUGGCUCUGUCUACUGUGAAGAAGUUGACAUUGAUGCUGUGCCACCAUUGCCAAAGGAAUCAGCUUAUCUUUAUGCACGAUUCAAUAAAAUUAAAAAGCUGACUGCCAAAGAUUUUGCAGACAUGCCUAACUUAAGAAGACUUGAUUUUACGGGAAAUUUGAUAGAAGACAUAGAAGACGGUACUUUUUCAAAACUUUCUCUGUUAGAAGAACUUACACUUGCUGAAAAUCAACUACUAAGACUUCCAGUUCUUCCUCCGAAACUUACUUUACUUAAUGCCAAACAUAAUAAAAUCAAGAGUAAAGGAAUUAAAGCAAAUACAUUCAAAAAACUGAAUAAACUCUCUUUCCUCUAUUUGGACCAUAAUGAUCUGGAAUCUGUGCCUCCAAAUUUACCAGAAAGUCUACGUGUAAUUCACCUUCAGUUUAACAGCAUAUCUUCAAUUACGGAUGAUACGUUCUGCAAGGCAAAUGACACUCGUUACAUUCGGGACCGUAUUGAAGAAAUCCGCUUGGAGGGCAAUCCAAUUGCUCUGGGAAAGCAUCCAAACAGUUUUAUCUGCUUAAAAAGAUUACCUAUAGGGUCAUACUUUUAAGUACCAUCAAUGCAGCUUAUAAUCCAAAGUACUUAUACCCAAUAUCUAAAGAAACAUAAACAUUAGUUUAAUGUUAUCAUUUUAUCUCACUAUGAUGGAAUUUUAUAUUGAAACAAAGAUGUCCAAAAUUCUUAGCCGUAACUACAAAAAUAAUCCAGUCCAAAUCUCUUAGUUCCAAACAACACAAUAUGAAACUAAACAGCAUUAAAAGCUCCUUGUAGUUUAUACCAGAUUGUCAUCUAAAUAGCAUGCUUUUAUACAAACAUAGCAUGAGAU